AUGGGUUUUCUACAAGCAUAUGAAGAGAAACAUAAGAAGAGGCAAGCGAAUGAUGAACAGCUCCUUAAGACACAUGUUCAGUCAAAGAAGAAAGAAGAAAGCUUCGACAACGAGAGAAGCCACUAUGAAAGAAGUCGUGGCCGAGGUUGCAGACGUGGACAUGGACGUGGUUGGAAGUUCAACAACCAUAGCAACUACAAAAGAGGAGGAAGCUCAACAAAAGGUAGUGGAAGAGGAUGCUCAAACUUAAGAGCUCUAAACAGCAGACUUGAUGAGAAGGUCAAUUAUGUGAAAGAAGAGAAAGAAGAGAAUGGCGUUGUGCUACUAGCAUGCAAGAACAAUGAUGGAGACCAAGACUAUACUUGGUACCUUGACACCGACGCUAGCAACCACAUGUGCGGAAGAAUAAGCAUCUUCGUAGAGCUCAAUGAAUCAGUGAAUGACAACGUUUCUUUUGGAGACGAAUCCAAAAUACCCGUAAAAGGAAAAGGUAACAUCCUUAUUCCCCUGAAAAAUGGCGGUCACCAAUUAAUUUCAAAUGUCUACUACGUGCCCAAUAUGAAUAGCAACAUUUACUCUUAG